CGGGACAGCGGGGCUGCGGCGGCUCCGCCCUGCCGGCAGGGGGCGGCCAUGAGCGCCGCGCCCGCCCGCCCGCCCGACAAGAUGGCGGCGGCGCUGAGGGCGGCGGCGGCGAGGCUGCGGCUGGCGGCCCCCGGGCCCGGGCUCGUUUUUACCCGGUCUGCGUUUGUUGCGAGAAAACAUAAUUACGAGCAUCCGAACUGGUUUGGAGUCGGCUUGGCUUUUAGCACCAGUGCUGCCCUGUGGGCUCUUCUUUUCAAGCAGCAUAAUGAAGAUGAAAUGGAGUAUGAAAGAAGAAAAGAAGAGAGAAAACAUAAGUGUACAGGAUGUUCAUAGUUGACCAGAGGCUUGGUAAGAAAUAUCAUCAUCGGUUGUGUCCUGUGGAUAAAUGAGCACAGCAGAAGUACAAAGUAUCUAAACACUUAUCUGUUCAUACAUUUCAUGUGCAUUAUUAUAAAAUAAAUGAUAAAGUGUGGAAGAAACUUA